AAAAAACACAAACAACAACAACAACAACACACUUUCUCUCUCUCUCCUAAUCUUGUUUUUUCUUCUCCUCUUCACCUUAAUUCCUUCAUUAAUAAUUAUUCAAUUAGUUUCAGAUUAAUUAACAAAGAAAAUUGAGAAGUUUGAUGACGCCGCCGUUGUUAGGUGUAGACGGAGACGGACACGGGAACGUGUCCGUAAUGACUUGUAAUUCGACUAUGGAAUCAUCAGUUUUUGAAAAAACGCCUGGAUUAACGGAGCGGAAUUAUUUAGGAUUGUCGUCGGAUUGUUCUUCGGUGGACAGCUCUGGGGUUUCUGGUAUCUCGAAUGCGAAAAGGAAUAAUUUGAACCUUAAGGCGACUGAACUGAGGCUUGGUCUUCCAGGAUCUCAAUCCCCUGAGCGCGAUUCGGAAAUUGAGCUUGUGAGCUCCGAGAGUUUCGACGAGAAGCCGUUGUUUCCGUUGCUUCCUUCUAAAGAUGGAAUCUGUGCUGGUUCUCACAAGGGUAUUGCUUCGGGGAAUAAACGAGGGUUUUGUGACACUGUUGAAGGGAAUUGGAUGUUUGGUUCGUCUACUGGGACCGAUUCUGAUGCUUCAAAGGGUUUGACAAAUGGUAAAGUAGUAUCAACUGGAGCUCAGCCUGCUACGGCUAAAGAUUCUAUUCCACAACAACAGAAUAAAGUCAGCACUUCUAAUCCUCCUGCUGCUAAGGCUCAGGUAGUUGGUUGGCCUCCAGUUAGAUCUUUCCGCAAGAACAUUUUGGCCACAAACGCAAAGAAUAACGAUGAAGUGGAUGGAAAACCCGGUCCUGGUGCUCUAUUUGUCAAGGUUAGCAUGGAUGGCGCUCCUUAUCUGAGGAAGGUUGACUUAAGGAGUUACACUACUUAUCAAGAACUUUCAUCGGCUCUAGAGAAAAUGUUUAGCUGUUUCACUAUUGGUCAAUGUGGAUCACAGGGAGCUCCAGGAAAGGAAAGUCUCAGUGAGAGCAAAUUGAGGGAUCUUUUGCAUGGAUCAGAGUAUGUGCUUACAUACGAGGAUAAGGAUGGUGACUGGAUGCUUGUUGGAGAUGUACCGUGGGAUAUGUUUAUCGGUUCUUGCAAGAGGUUGAAGAUCAUGAAGGGCUCUGAUGCAAUCGGUUUAGCUCCAAGGGCCAUGGAAAAGUCAAAGAACAGAAGCUAGCUUUAUGUUUUGAAUGCAGAAAGAGAAGUGCCCUGUUUCCUUCUAUAUUUCUAUGAAUAGUAAGAGAAAAAUGUUUCUAAUUUCUAAUGUUAUAUGUUGGUUAUAUUAUAGGAAACUUCUGUUUUCAACUAUUGUCUUUUGUAUUUGAUGAAUGUGUGUGAUUUGAGAAUUUUCAACACUUCCUGGACUACUUCUUGUACUCAGUCAACUGUGUUCAGUGAUAUUAAUGUGUGGAUGUUACUAAUUUA